AUGUUGCUCUCAGCCCUCGUCGCAGGGCUUGCUGCCUUCCCGGUGGUCCCGGCUCUGGCACGUCGCGUGAACCAGAUCCCGCACGCCAAUGGCGUGUAUGGAGGCAACCCUGAGCUGCUUGAAGCGUCGACGCAGACAGUUACGGGUGCCGCAUCUUCGGAUGCGCUGCGGGUGACCGAAAACAGUGGCGUUUGCGAGACGACUCCUGGGGUUUACCAGGCGUCGGGCUAUGGCAACGUCAGUUCGACCGGAAGUCUAUGGUUCUGGUUCUUUGAGGCCCGCAACAACCCAGACACUGCGCCAUUCACAAUUUGGCUCAAUGGUGGCCCCGGCAGUUCUAGCAUGGUCGGACUGUUCCAGGAGCAUGGCCCGUGUCGUAUCAACAAUGACACAGCGACUCUGGACUACAACCCGUACUCGUGGAACAACGUAUCGAACAUCUUGUACCUCGACCAGCCUGUGGGCGUUGGGUUCUCGUACGGCGAUUCGAAUGUUGGCACUUCUCAAGAGGCGGCGGCGGAUGUGUGGACAUUCCUUCAAGUCUUCUUCAACGACACUCGUUUCAGCAAAUACCAGGACAACGAGUUCGCCAUCUGGACCGAGUCAUACGGAGGCCACUACGGGCCCACGUUCGCGGCCCACAUUCUCCAGCAAAACGAGGCGAUCGCGAACGGGUCCAUCUCCGGGACCCCUGUCAACCUCAAGUACCUCGCAGUCGGCGACGGGCUGACCGACCCGCUCUCGCAGUACCCGGGCUACCUGGAGUACGCCGCCUCGAACGCGUACCACCCGACGGUGGACCAGUCGACGAUUGACGAUGCAACAACGGCGUGGAACGAGACGGGCGGGUGCAAGGAUCAGAUCACGGCGUGCUACAACGGGGGCUCAGAUGACACGUGCUCGACGGCGCAGUACAACUGCAACAACGACAUCCUCUCCCCGCUCGCGGGCGAUUACGACGUGUACUACAUCCUGGAGUCGUCCCCGGGCUCGUACCCACCCGACCCGACGGACUUGCUUAACAAUAAGACGCUCCAUGCGCAGAUCGGCGCGGAGGCGACGUGGCAGGAGACGAACAACGAGGUGUACUACAGUUUUUCGGAUACGGGCGACUGGAUGCGCAACUCCCGGCCUGAUCUGGAGUACGUCAUCGACUCCGGCGUGCGCACCAUCGUCUUCGACGGCGACGCGGACUACAUCCUGAACUACAAGGGCGUCGAGGCGAUGGUCGCCGCGCUCCAGACCAACUUCUCCGACGAGUUCAACCAGCUCUCGUUCACGAACUGGACCGUCAACGGCGAGUCCGCGGGGAUCUACAAGAACGCGGGCACCUUCUCGUACGUGCGCAUCUACGGCGCCGGGCACGAGGUCGCCGCGUACGACUGGGGCAACCUCGAGCGGGGCGAGGCAGCCUUGGCGAUGUUCAGCCAGAUCAUGAGCAACAACUCUAUCUCCUCGACGUGA